AGGCGGAGUGCCAGGACAUGUUCUCGAAAGUGUUAAUCUUUCCUACAUGUUAAAUUUGAUAUAGAGCAGUCAGCUUCCACUCCUCCUUUCUGGCAAUAGGCCCAGCCUCGUGCACUUCCGUAUAAACUGGGCCCUCGUAGCAGAAUAGCUGCACACGGUAUCAGCAAGACUCAGAAACUGCAGUUGUCCUGCUGCUGGUGGUAUUUCUCUUCUCAAGAAUCAAGGGUAUGCUCUUCCUCCUGUUCCUGCCAUGCUUUUGUUCUGGUCAGCCUGCACUUCCACCACUGCGUUUCUCUGUUUUCCUGGACCCUUCAAACAUGGCCUACCUCUGCUGGGACCACGAUGAACGGGAGAUGAUGUCAUUUGAACUGCAGGUCCGUACAACCAGCUGGGUGGCAUUUGGAUUCAGCCCUCAUGGAGAGUUGCCUAGAUCUGAGAAUGUGACAGGAGGUGUCUUCCCAAAUGGCAGCAUCUACUUCUCUGAUUAUCAUGUGGUAGAUGAGGAAACCCUUGAGGAAGACGACAGCCAGGACUACCAACUGCUGUCAGUGACAGAGAAUGAGACCUCCACCACCGUGCUGUUCAAACGACACCUCCAGACACGUGACCCAAAUGACCUGGAUAUCACAGUGGACACAGCAUGCCUCGUUACUGCCUUUGGUCCUGAUGACACAGUCCAGUUCUUUAAAGGACAAAGAUUUUCCAAGUCUCUGUUCUUGAUGAGGUAUAGAGCCCCAUCUGACUCAACUGGUCCUAAAACUUUCUUCACCUAUGACUUGAGGCUAGACAAUUCGUAUCAAUUUCCAGAUGAAGCUGCAAUUUCCAUAGGGACACCUUGGGAUCCUCAGUACAUCCGACUAGAAAUCCAUUACAGCAAUUUUGACUUGUUACCAGAUGAAUGGGAUGCUGGUUCCAGAUCUGCAUGUUUUCGCCUGCUUGCUUCACACCCACCUGUCUGGCAGAGGAGUGAAAGCUGCUCAAUACGGGGUGGGCCAAGCACCAUGAAUGAGAUGUGCCUCGCGUUCCUCUUCUACUACCCCCGUAACAACAUCUCCAGUUGUAUGGGCUACCCUGACAUUCUGUAUAUUGCCCAUGUACUCAAACAGGAGGCCUCAGAUGCAGUGGAAGCUGUGAUGGCCAUCGACUUUGUUGACUGGGACAAUGAGACUGUCAAAAUUGCAGAGACAGCAGCCAAGGAGACAGAGCAAGUAGUCAUGAUUAAAACCAUUAAUGAACUCCAGAGAAAUGAGACUGGUCUAAUCAGAGAUAUCAGUAUUCCAGAGCGGGCUGCCUGUCACAAUAUUUCUGGACACCUCUCAGUGUCAGGUCCAAGGGCCACUGCAAAUCUUCGUUUGACUGCAGCAGGCACUUCUAGGUCAUCAACUACCAAAGAAACUGCUUUGCUUCCUCUUCUUUACCUCACACAGCUGGUGUUUGCUUGGCUUAUCUUGGCCUCUGAGUAUGGGAAGUGAGGGAUAGAAUACCAGAAGAGCUCACUGGCCAGCUGAAGCACUCUGUAGCACCUGUUAGCAGGGUAUUCCAGAUCUGAUGGCCUUGAACAUGAGAGGACACUUACAUAAUAGAAAACUGUCUGCCUUUGGAAUAAAUAGGUUCAAUGGGCAUUGGCAUUUUUUUUUAUUUUCAUAAAAAAUACUUUCUAGUAUAGUUUGUUCUAAAUCAGAAAAGCAAUCUAUUAUGAUGCAGUAAAUACAGGAAUGCAGUCACCUCUUCAGUAGCUCCUGUUUAAUUAUUAAAUCCAGAGCUGUCAUAGGUGGGUUAUUGUAUGUAUUAGCUCACUGGUAUUUCAAUAAUCAUUAUCUAGUCACAAGCGAUCUACAUACUCCUUGUACUUAGGCCAGUAGGCACCAUAGUCAUUAAAUAAUGUGACUGAUUCUAAAACUAGUCCUGCUGUAUCUAUCAGUGACUGCAUGGCAGGGGAUUUACCUGCUGAUAUCCAGGCAAUAAUGAGGCAACGACCUGGUGUUUACUGAAAAAUAGACCUUAU